AAUUUAAUUCUUUAACCUGUUUACAUAAUGGACGAGUCGUACAGGGGUCGUACAUUAUUUUGUAAACAAAAAUUACCAGGCACGUACCUGUACCACGUGGAAUUUACCCGAGCUAGCUCGAUCUCGGUGAGCUCGUGCGCUAUGCAUGCACGAGCGGUACCGGCAGCGCAAGGUACCGGUACGGUAUACGGUGCAUGUUGAAGACUGAAGUUGGAGACAUGACUAGACUCUGUGUAGAAUAAGUUCUAGAUUGCCGGGAUCUAAUCGAGGAAUUCAAUCAAUGUUAAUAUUGCCAAUGUUCUACGUCAAUGUAUGAGACCGUAACACUGAAGACAAUAUGAGACUCCCAAGCAAGCAGGAGCUCCUGCGGACCUACAGUACAUGGGAUGCACCCAAACAGAAGCGUAUGUCAGCUCGUAUCUCUGUCAAGCAUGGUCUUGCUUUUCUCCGUCUUCUUAGGAGUGGGUCAUCCCAAAGAAAAUCACAGCAGAAAGGAUCUCCAAGCAGGGUAUUCAGAGGAAAGCAUAAGCUGUCUCCUGGUGAUGAUAGAGGAGAGAAUAAGAGGUUCAAGAGAGCUCAAGAAGAUCAGGGAGAGGUGUCAUCAAAUAUUCUGAUGAAAGAUGAAGAUAAGAUGAUAAAAGAGCAGGAAUUGCAACCAGAAAAUACAACCAAACUCAUGAGAACUGAAACAGUAUCUUCCCAGAGCACUUCGUCUCUUCUGAGUGGCACAAAGAGUGGACCCAGUGACUUUCCACUAGAUCAGAAGAUGCAGUAUGUACCCCUGCAAGGUCCAGCCAGUAACAAGCAUGGACUGAUUGAUGAUAGUACUGUGUCAUCCACCUUAGGACCUCAGAAUGAAUCGUUCCAGGGAAAUCCAAAGGCACAAGGGGAACAAGCAUCGUUGUCCAGCAGUGAGUCGAGUACUACUUUUGACAGAGAGUCAGAGUUGAACUAUGAGCUCCAGAAGCAUGGGCCACUUUGGAGAAACAAGCGCAAAUCACUGCAACCAAGAAAGGUUCUACGUAAGGUGGCGCCAGAGGAAGGAAGUGUGUCAGGGAAUUACUUGCAGGAAGAAUUGCAAACCCAGGCAGAAGACAGUGAAAUGAGCAUACCUACAGAUGAAGGGGAGGUUCUUGAGUCCGGUCAGAAACACGGUGAGGUUCUCAAACCGGAAAAGGUGAUGCUGUUGAGGUGUACAGGGAUAACUUCCGUAAGAUCACAUAGUCCACCGGUUAUGGAGUCUGAUGGAGAGUCUGGCCAGUUGAAUCUGUUCAUAGAUCAAGACCCCAUGCUUGCAGAAGGAAACUAUUCUUGCGCUUCAGACCUAACUGUUGUUCCAUCUUCUUCGCAAGGAAACACAGGAACUGCCCCUUUCCCAGGUCUUAGGUUUGAGAGCAUUCAAGGCUUUACUGAAAAGAACAACACUGGGAAAUCAGGCCAGGGAAACCCUCCUUUGCUUGGAGACGGACUUGCAGAUGUGGUGAAUAGUUCUUUGUUGGAUGAAAGUGUACCUGAUGAUUGCCUUGACAACUUGUUGCCAGGCUUAAACUUGCUGCAUGUUGAAAGAGCAGCUGCAGAGGGCAGUUCUAAUGAUGAGAAGGCUUGCAGCUCUCGGGAGAAGGUAGACAAGUCAAGCAAGGUCAAGAGGCACAAAGGCAAGUCACCUAAAAAGAGUAAGAAAUCCUGUCGUGCGAGACGAUUAGAUAUGGCUGUUUUUGGUGAUAAAAAACCAGAAGAAGAUGAUUCUCAGGCCAACAAUGAUUUCAACUCACUAGGAAAUGCAGACAAAUCCCACAAGGUCAAGAAGCACAAGUACAAAUCACCUAAAAAAAGUAAGAGAUCAUCAAGUUCAACGCAGAUAGAUAUUGGCAGUUGCAGUUCAGUGGAAACUGUAGAUCAGUUUCACAAGAAACACAAGACCAAAGGACAUAAGGAGAAAUCACGUCCUAAACGUAAGAAAUCUACCUCACCAGGUAAAGAUGUAUCCUCUAACAAAUGUUCACCACUGCCCAAGAGUCCUGUCUUUGGAAGAAUUCUGCCCACUGGUGAUUGGUCCAGCCUUGAGAAUCCAGUCACAUCGCCUUGCCGUGUCCAGCUAGUGGACUAUCUAACCGACACUCAACUGAAGCAGCCUGCAAGACAAGGUAAUGAGGAAAACACAGAUGUACCUGAAGUAGGCUCAGAAGAGGUAGAAGUCCAUCGAGUAGAGGAUGUAAUAGAAGUAGAAACAGCGAUUGGAUCAGAUGAUCAGUGCUCUGGUGUCCAAGUACAUGAACAGAGUGAACAUUGUGUCAAGGAGUUGGAUGAGGCACUUGGCACCUCAAUGGAUCUUGGCAGCCUUGAAGAGAGAGAAGAAUCUUCACAGGCUAAUGGGGAAGACAAUCAACCUAGCAGCAGCAUAGGAGAAGGACAAAGCCUACCCUCUGGUCAAGAAGGUUAUCAAAGCCCAGCUGUACGACAUGACUCAAGCACAGAAUGUUCUUCUCAGGCCUCUAUCAGAGGACAAGAGGUCAGUAAUCAAGUUGUCAGUAUCAAGAAGUCGGAGGAAAUGACUGAAAUUCUACCAGUUGAAAAGGAUGAAGUGAUUGAUAACAUGUCAGUUGAGAAGGAUGUGAAGAAACAUAAACCAGAAAAAAUAAAGAAAGCUGUUCGAUCCAGAAAGCCUCAUGGAGACGUUGCACGAGGAGCUGGUGGAUGGGAGCAUUCGCUGAGACAGCGCCCUCAGAUGGUCAAACUGUUCCAGGUUGGCGGGGACUCUAAGACACCAAAGAAAGGAGCACAGAAGGUAUCACCAAAGAAGGAUAGGUCCCAGAGUCUCCUGCAGCACGGUCAUUCUAUGAUGCAUCCAUCAUCAAAAGAGGCUUCGGAUGAUGUUGGCUCCUCCCUUGCUGCUCUCUCUCCUAAUAGGAUCAGGAGAUGGAGAAAAAAAGAACCAAGAGCUGUUGCUAUGCCACCUCCUCUGGAUGAAAAAGAAAGUGAGGGAAAGGAAGCAAGCAGAAAAACAAAGGUCAAAGUUCAGGAUGGUGAAGGAAAUGAUUCUACAGAUUCAUUCUGCAGAGGACAGUUGGUGUUUGGUAAAUUGAAAGGUUUCUGCUGGUGGCCCGGUCAGAUUGUCCAUCACUAUGAGAGGAACAUCCGGGAACCCCCUCCUCCUCUGACCAGAUGGAUCCAGUGGUUUGGCGAUGGGAAGUUUACACUGCUGAGCCUCAGCCAGAUUGCAGGCUUUGAAGAUUUCUCAACCUUGUUCAGUUCAUCUACCUUCCAGAAGCUAUCCCUGUACCAGAAAGCUUGCUAUGAAGCUCUUAAUCUUGCAGCAAAGCGAGCAGGCAAGGAAUUCGACAUUGCCGAGCCGAUUCCACCAACCCCUCCGACAGCCCCAAGUUCCAUCAAGGAGAGACAGGAGUAUAAGGCCAAGAUGCUGGAGAGAUGUAAGGUGAUGCAAGACUGGGCUUUCAACCAGUUCAACCCUGAAGGACCAGAAAGCAUCCAACCAUCGGAAGAGGAGAAGAAAACACCCCCUAUCCCCAAGUCACCCACCCCCAGUCCAGAGAAAAAGAAACCUGAUCAAAAGGAAUCAUUUGAAGAUAAACGAGGAGAGAGUAUGAAGAAUGUAAGGGCUGGGAACCUGACAAUUGAAGAUAUCUGCAUUGGAUGCGGAAGCACCAACCUGACUGCUAAACAUCCACUGUUUGUAGGAGGCCUUUGUGAAGUCUGUAGGAUUGAGUACUUGGAAGUAGCCUACCUGUAUGACUGUGAAGGAUACCAGGCUCAUUGUUGUAUCUGUGCUGAGGGUGACGAGAUCACGCUUUGUGAUAAUCAAGGUUGCUAUCACUCUUACUGCACAGCUUGCAUGAAUUAUCUUGUUGCACCACAAGAAUCAAAAAGGGUAUCCAACCAAGAUCCAUGGUCCUGCUAUCUCUGUUCCGGAGAUCGUUGCCAUGGUUACUUGACGCGCCGAGACGACUGGCAGGAGCAGCUGGUUGAGUUUUUCAACCGUGAUCAGAUCGCCGAUUUUGAACCCCUGCGAAUGUACAAGCCCCUCCUCCUAGCUGACCGUAGACCAAUCAGAGUCUUGUCUCUUUUUGAUGGACUAGGCACAGGUAUGCUCGUGUUGAAGGAGCUUGGUUUUGAUGUGGAGUGUUACUAUGCAUCUGAAGUGAGUGAGGAGGCCAUCACUGUGUCUACUGUACGUCUGAAGGGACAGAUCAAACAGAUUGGUGAUGUUCAGAAGAUCACCCCUAAGGAGCUCAAAUUGUGGGGACCCUUCGACCUUCUCAUUGGCGGUAGCCCAUGCAACGACCUCUCCAUUGUCAAUCCUGCCAGAAAGGGCCUCGGUGGAGGGACGGGCCUCCUCUUCUUUGAUUUCUACCGGAUCUUGCGUGACCUUCAGCCCCUUCCUGAUGACCCUCGACCUUUCUUCUGGCUGUUUGAGAACGUGGUGUUCAUGGGACGUAAGGAUAAGUUUAACAUCUGCAGGUUCCUUCAGUGUAAUCCUGUGAUGAUAGAUUCACGUCACAUGUCGCCCACCCACAGAGCCAGGUACUACUGGGGAAACCUACCAGGAAUGCAUCGGCCAUAUGUUGCUGGAGCUGACAAUCCCCUGUACCUUCAAGAAUGUCUGGAACCACACUGUGAUAGACAAGCUCAGUUUUCCAAGGUUGGGACUAUUACAACCAAUGCCAACUCCAUCCCACAGACCAAAGAUGCAAUCUUGCCUGUUAUUAUGAAUGGCAGAGAAGACGGACUCUGGUCAACAGAGUUAGAAAGAUUGUUUGGAUUCCCGGAGCAUUACACCGAUAUCGGCAACCUUGGUCGCGCGGCUCGUCAGAAACUCCUCGGUAAGGCAUGGAGUGUUCCCGUCAUCAAACACCUGAUGGCGCCACUCAAAGACUACUUCGCAUGCAGCGGACAGAAAGAAUAAGGUCAAAGGCUGUUCAUCCUGUGUGAUUGGAUUUGAAUAUGGAGACCAAGUAUCUAUAUAUUUGCUUUCACUGAACUUUGGAAAAGAGAAUCCGGUAAGUUACUUUAUUAAAUAGAAUGUGGAUUUGAUUACUGUACUACUCAAAGACCGGUUUAUAUGCAGCAGACAGGAAGAACAAGGUUUAAGGUUGUUCAUCCUGUAUUAGAUUUGAGCAUUUGAAUUGAGGAAGGGAUAACUAUUUGUACUUUGCAUAAACCUCAGGGCCUGUAUUCUGAAGUCGGAUUUAAUUGAAACUCUGGUUUUAAGUUGUGGUUUAACUAUGGAAAGCCAGUUGUUAUAUAAAUCUCUAACAGUCGAGUUUCAAUGUGUCAGCUCAUUUGACUCCUAAAACAUUAUUAAUUGCCGAGGAAGGAUAAGUACAACAAUUGUCUUCACCAUUGAAUAAUUAGUGAAGAGCACUGUUAACAUGAGAAGCAUUCACUGUAAACAAAAGUUUCAAACGUUUGGCUUCCCAUAAUUUUAGCACAGAGUUAUACCACGGUCUAAGUUAAACCCGACUUCAGAAUACGGGCCCAGGAGCUUAAAUGAUUCAGUUGUCUAGAAGCCUGGUUUUGUUUUUUGUCCCACUUUUGAUGCCUGUAAAGUAUUCAAAGCUCUGAAGUCUUCCAGUCUCAAGGACUUUUCAAGUCCAAAGUCUUUAGCAUGUGUACUUUUAAUUCCACUAAACUUCAGGUAAAUGAAGUCUUGUUCUCACAAAGUCUGUGUUUGAUUUGUGUCCCACUUAAUGCAUGCAGUGGCCAGCAAUUGAUGUUUCAAGUAAAAAGAGUUUUAUAGCAAGUGUACAUUCAAUUCUUCAAACUUCAGGAUAAUGGAAUCUGCAGUUGCCUGUUUACCAAAUGUGUUGAUGGGAUUUUUUUUGCAGGAGUUUCUGCAUUUUAUUCAUAAAUCAACAAAUGAAAAUAUAAUGAUACAAUAACAAUCACAUAAAUGAGUACAUUUUUGUGUGACAAUCGAAAAUAUAAAUAAUGAAUAAGGCUGAAAAAUACAUAAAUAAAGCAUGUAAAAUAGUAAAGUGGAUAAAAAUUUCUGUGCAAGAGCUACAUGUAACUGUUAUGUAGUGUGACUAUCUUGCCAACAUAUAGUAAAUA